ACUUUUUCAAAAAACUUUUCUAUCCUCGAAAAUUUAUAAAGUGAAAAAUCAAAUGCGGGAUGAUACAAUAAGAAUGGAUGAACAAAAUCUUCGUUCGUCGCAAGCUAGUGGAAGUGAAAGGUUCGACACCAACAAUUCAGAAUUUAGAAAUCGACGUCGACCUUCUAUACAAUCUCAAUCUACCGUUGAAGACCACCGUAACCAAAUUAAUCAAAAUAGACGUAGAAUAAUUCCUUGUGGAAGGCGUUGUAUAAUUUUGACUAUUUUUAUUAUUAUAAUUACGAUUUAUGUGUUCAUUCCUUUCAAAUCUUUCAAACAUGUGACUUUUAUGAAAGAAGAUAAUUCAGAAUCGGAUGAAUCAGAUUCGAUUUUUGAAAAUUUGGCUAAAAUGGCAGAAUCUACCUCAAAGAAAAUUGACGAAUUCGAUAUUCCGGGAACGUCAGUCAUGAACAAAUAUCGCGCUGUAUUUAUUAAUCUUGGAGCACUUUUGAAUCGUAGUGAUGUAAUUAUCAAUAAUGGUGCUCAGAUUUCUCGAGUUCUCUUUGAGCUUUCAGAUCAUUAUAGAGAAGCUGGAAAAGAAAUCUUGGGAUUUAGAAGACAAGCUGAUUCUUUUUUCGAAUCUCUUUCUAGUGAACUAGAUGAUGUUUUGGAUAUUGUAAAUAAAAAAGAAAAUUUCUGGACAAAUGAUCUCGAUAUGGAUGACAUUAUCUCUGUCAAACAAAGAUUAAGAGUAUUGCAAAGUAUUGUGCCUGAUUUACGAGUACAAUUAGGACGUGUAAUCAAAGCUCUGAAAAAUAUUGAAGAAAAGUCAGUUCAUACUCAAGGUUAUUUGAUGACCGGAGAGAAAGAAGCACAGGAAGUGUUAAAACAACACUGGCUUGGAAGUAUUGCUGAUUAUAAUGGUCGGGCUCGGGCAGAAGAAGAGAGAAAACAAGUGCUAUAUGUACUUCAAUUAUUGAAAGAUAUGUUACCAAAUCUUUUUGAUUUUCAAGAUUUUUUAGAGGAAUAUGAUAAACAAUUGCAAGAAGUUUAUUCCAAGUUUGAAAAUGUUGGCACAAUGUAUAAGCCGUCUAAAAAGGCAUUAAAUAGGCUGAUAAGUGCCGCUAAGAAAUUAGAGACUAGUCAUAGAAAUUUUAAUGGAGAGGAGAAUCGGUUGGGACAAAAACCUAAGGAUCAUCUAUUUCUUGAAGAUGAGAUGAACGCGAUGAAUAGAGAUUGUACUGAGUUCAAUGUUAAAUUCAAAAAAUCUGAUGAUGUUUAUGUUAAUAAAAUUCGUAUUUGGAGUACACACUUUAUUAACGCACUCGCGUUUUACUUUUCUGAUGGUUCUAUUGAAAUGUUUGGGACACCGGGACUUAGCGAGGCCUUUGAUUUCGAAUGGCACAAAGAUGAAAAAAUUAAGCGUUUUGUUUUCAGAUUCGCAUCCGUAGUAUACGGUUUAGAAAUUAUUACAACUGAAGGUAGGAGUACUGGAUGGCAUGGAGGUCAAGGUGGACGAGCUUUCUAUACUGAAUAUGAAUGGGGAAUUGGGGGAUUCGAGGGUUUAUUUGGUAGCUUUUCGAAAUAUAUAUGUAGUUUAGAAGUUUUAUAGUCAAUGGCUAGAUUAUUUUAAGACUAUAAUUUUGAAAUAUCUAUUAUGUUUAUACCGCCAAAAUUUAUUAAAUAUAUAUAUUGUAUAGUUAUGUAUAUAAAGUUUACACAAUAUUUCUUUUGUUUCACAAUAAACCCUCUUAUAAAUAUAGUUAACAUAUAAAAUUCUCUAUAAUAAACGAUGUG